CUUAGCUAGCAGCCUCACCUAUUAGUCACUUCUGUUCAGGAAUAACAAAAUGAACGACAGAAAAAAUGAUUUUAUUUUGUUUUCCGCUCGAUGCGCAGUUGCGUUUUAAGGAAAAGAUGGAGACCGUCCAAUUGAUUUUAGUAUUUUAGCUGUUAAGCGUUUUGCUGAGUCCAUUUUGCGUAUAACUGGAAGUGGAAAAGACAAAGAGAAAAGAGCUUUCCAAUAGCUAGAAUGGUUUGGGCCUAAAAAGAAGACAAGAGCAACAUGAACCGUGAGGACCGGAAUGUGCUCCGAAUGAAAGAAAGAGAAAGGAGAAAUCAAGAAAUCCAGCAGGGAGGAGGAGAGGCCUUUCCAGCGAAUUCCCCUCUCUUUCCUGAACCCUACAAAGUGUCCAGCAAGGAAGAUAAACUGUCCAGCCGUAUUCAGAGCAUGCUGGGCAAUUACGACGAGAUGAAAGAGCCGAUCAGUGACACACUUCCAAAGCUCGGCGGUAAACCUUCUAACAGCUCGUCUUCCUCUGAGGAGAAAUCCGUCCCACCUUUGUUUGGCGGGGACCAGCGUGGCGUCGGUAGUGGUGGCAGCAGCCAGAGCAGUAAGUGGACUCCUGUCGGCCCCGCAGCAGGUGGAUCUUCAUCCCAGUCCCAGAAACGCUCAGGACUCGGCAGCCAGAGGAGCACCGGAGGCAGUAGCGGCAGCAGCAGCAGUAGCCAAAGACACGGAGGGGAGGUGCGGGAAAAGAAGUCAAGUAAACACAGUGGAGGAUCAGAGCACUCAAAGUCACACACGUCGAGUCCGGCCAAGGGCUCCCUGAGUUCCUCCAGCAGCAACAGCCACUUGCGGAGCUCCUUGUCUGCCGAGCAGCAUCACAGCAAGGAGCGCUACCGCUCCAAGUCCCCAAGAGACAGAGAGGCCAAUUGGGACUCGCCCUCGCGGGUUCACACCUCCUUCCCCAGCGGACAGCACUCGAGUCAGGCCUUUCCCCUGUCUCUCAUGUCCAAACCCGGCUCCAUGCUGCAGAAGCCCACAGCGUAUGUGCGGCCUAUGGACGGCCAGGAAACGGCAGAACCCAAGAGCUCACAAGCAGAAAGCUACAGUGGACAGUCACACAGCAGCACCAUGGGAGAGAUGAAGUCCAACACCAAGGCCUCACUUUCCAAACUCAAGAUCCCCUCACAGCCUGUAGAGGGAUCCGGUGACGCCAACUGUGUCGAUGAGAUUCUGAAGGAAAUGACUCAGUCGUGGCCCCCUCCACUGACAGCCAUCCACACCCCCUGCAAAACUGAGCCCUCCAAGUUUCCAUUCCCCACCAAGGACUCUCACCCUUUUCCAAGUGGACACAAGCGAGGCAGUUCUUCCAAGAGCUCCAGCAGCCACCAGCCCAAAGCUUGCGAUGACCAGCCAACUAUGCUGGAAGAUGACCUGAAGCUGAGCAGCAGUGAGGAUAGUGAUGGAGAACAGGACUCAGCUAAGAAUGCCUCAAGGAACACAUCAGCAAGCAAUAACAGCGAAGGAGCAGAGCAGUCGAGGGAUGACUCAAGCAGCCACAGCGGCUCAGAGAGCAGCUCGGGCUCGGACAGCGAGAGCGAAAGCAGCACGACAGACAGCGAAGCCAAUGAGCACCCACGGCCCGCCUCUCCUGAACCUGAACAACCCAUGGCCAACAAGUGGCAGCUGGACAACUGGUUCAAGAAGGCCAAGCAGUUCUCACCAGCCUCACCAGUGGACAAUAAUGUUCCAACGAAGUGUAAGAAAGAGGGCAGAGACAACAGCUCAGGACGCGGCUAUGGUAGCCAGGGAGGGGGGUCAAAAGACUCAACGGCACCCACCCCAAGCAGGGACUUACGGGCGGCGCAAAAAGGCGCAGAGGGUGGCCGUGGUCGGCAAAAAUCCCCUGCCCAAAGUGAGGGGGGCACAAACCCGCGAAGGAGUGUGGGUAAAAAACAGCCUAAAAAGUCUGAGAAGCCCCCAGUGGUGGAGGAACCAAAGGGAGGUCUGAGAGUGGAGAGUGAGCCGGCUCCGGAGAUCCCUCCUCAUCGGCCCAAAGCGGCGACUAAGGGUUCCCGCAAACCAAACAUCAAAAAAGAGCCUAAAUCCUCCCCGAGGCCCACUGCAGCUGCUGUCACCACUGCAGAUAAACGCAAGGCCAAGGCGGCCACCAAGACUUCCCAGAAGUCCCGUGAGUUUGUUGAUACGGACUCUUCGUCCUCAGACUCUGAGGGAAAUGACAGCAUCCCGUCUUCGUCGCAGACACCCAAGUACCCAGAGAGUAUCAGGACCCCCGUGUGUGUGUUUUCUCCCAUGGAAGAGAAGGAGCUGCUGUCUCCACUGAGUGACCCAGAGGAGCGUUACACUGCGAGGCAGCCUCAGCAGCAGGUUCUACUAGUGAAGAUAGAUCUCAGCUUGCUGUCUAGGAUCCCAGGGCGGCCCUACAAGGAGACUGCAGAGAUAAAAGUGGAGAGGGAUGACUCUCUUGACAGGGACAGCAAAGACUUCAGCAAGCAGAGCUCUGAGAAGAGUUCUAGCAAGGCCAAGAGAAAACACAAGAACGACGAAGAGGGCGCCAAGCCAGAGAGCAAGCGGUGCAAGCUGGAGGAGAAGUCCCUCUCUCAUCACAAAAGCAGCAGUAAAGAGUCUAAGAGGUCUUUGGAGAAGAAAGAGGAGCCAGUGCCCUCUCCCUCUAUGUCAGGUCUUCAGCGGACGCCCAAGGCAGAGCAUCCGAGUCGAAAGAGGACAGUCAGCCAGUCCUCCACCUCUUUGUCCAGCGGGACAGGGAGCGGGAAGGAGGGAAGCCACAGCACCAAGGGCAACUCCACCUCCAAACACAGAAAAGGAGAGGACAAGGGGCGCAGCACACGCGAUGGCAAGGAGAAAUCCUCAAAGGGCUGUGAUAACCAGCUGGCUGUUCCUCCGCUCUCCACGGACGGCUCCAAGUCUCAGAGAUCCAAGCUGGUGUUUGAGGACAGGGUCCAUUCAGCAGAUCACUACUUACAGGAGGCCAAGAAACUUAAACACAAUGCAGAUGCACUGCUGGACCGGUUUGAGAAGGCAGUUUACUACCUGGACGCUGUGGUGUCUUUCAUUGAAUGUGGUAAUGCCCUGGAGAAGAGCGCCCAAGAGGCCAAGUCUCCCUUCCCCAUGUAUGCUGAAACAGUGGAGCUUAUCAAAUACACUAUGAAGUUAAAAAGCUACAUGGCCCCAGACGCUACUUCAGCAGACAAGAGGCUAGCUGUGCUUUGCCUACGAUGCCAGUCUCUCCUCUACCUGCGGUUAUUCAAGCUGAGGAAGGACAGUGCACUAAAAUACUCCAAAACACUCACCGAACACUUAAAGAAUUCUCUCAGUAACACCCAGGCUCCCUCUCCUGGAAUGGGAAACAAGGCAGCAGGUAUGCCCUCCCCAGUGUCUCCCAAACUGUCACCAGGCACGGCCGUUGGCUACUCGUCAGUCAGCAGCAGCAGCAGCGCCAGCUCGUCCGUGACCAUCCCUCAGCGUAUCCACCAGAUGGCCGCCAGCUACGUCCAGGUCACCUCCAACUUCCUGUACGCCACCGAGGUCUGGGACCAGGCUGAGCAACUAUCCAAGGAGCAGAAGGGUAAACUACAUCAAAAACUUGACUUCUUCCUGGAGUUGGACAAAGUGAUGGGUCCUCUGAUCUUCAACACCAGCAGCAUGACAGAACUGGUGCGUUACACACGGCAGGGCCUCCACUGGCUGCGCCUGGACGCAAAGCUUAUUCCCUAGCGAGGACACAAUGCUCACACACACACACACACACACACACACACACACACCUCAGCCACUUGUGUUCAGCAACAUGUGCUCAAAGACACACAAGCAUGCCCUCAUGGACACACACGCACACAUUUAUGUACUGUAUGAACACACACACACACGAUGAACUUCUCAGACAUAUCUCCAACACUGUGUCCAUUUCCUACACCAGCUUGCCAAAAACACUGAGCAAUUUAGAGCAUCUCACACCGUUGACAGCACCACACAAGGAGAAGCAUCGAAACUGCAGCACAGGAACAAAAAGAGCUUAUCGCCACGCUUCAUAUAUAGGCAUUCUUACAAAAUGAAUACGCUUAAAAAUGGGGUUUGGUUUUAAGGCUACUUUGGCUUUUAACUUUUUAUUUGAUUUUGUUUCACCAAAGUACCUCCCAUGAACACCAAAGGUGCUUUAAAAUGAAGGUUUCUCUUUAUCAUUUUUGUGCCUUGUAUGUGAGCUACAGGAAAACAAACAGCCACCCGUCAUAUCUGAAUACAUGGUUUUUAUUUUCCCGCUUUUUGCUAAAACUCAUUCUAUGCCUUUUUAAACAUUUAGCAGUUAAUGGAAACUGGCAGCAAUUAUGUUGGUCUUAGUCGAGUCCUGUUCGAGCAUUUGGCAUUUUAAAGCAAAGAUGGUGUUGGUCACAAAGUAAGAUACUUUACACCAUCUGAUUAUGUGCGAAAGGUCAAUCUUGGAGCAUGCCCACAAGAUUUUAUGGACUGUAGGAAGGGCUACUGUGCACAGCAGAUUAAUACUUCUGAAACACACAUAUUUAUAAACGUUCUCCUCAUUGACAGGUGGAUUAGUUUUUAACAUUUUCAUUUUAUUUUUCACCAUCAUGAACUUUUUAUACCCUGCUAGACAGUCAAAUUCAGUUUGGUUUGAUGUAAGGAGCAGCAUGGCCCCUAGGGGCCGCUAGCAGGGGCUUUUGGACUCUUGCCUUAUGAAAAUUGAUCACGUCAACGUUCUCUCCAAGAGAUCUGCUGUCUUUGAAGCUCCAGAUUACAAGUCUCCUCCUGUGAAAUGUUUUUACGCUCGUAGCGACAUUGUUCAUUGAGAAAUUUCCUCGAGGGUGAGUCACUUCCAGACAGUGUUAUUCAUUUUUUGAUCCCCAUGUUUGCUCAGAGUGUAUUUUUCUAAGGAACAGCAGGGAGUGUCUUAAGUAUUGAAAUCAUUUCCAUGUACACAAUGCAGUUAUUUACAUUGCAGUUUAUACAAACUGGGCCUGAGUGACCACUAAUUUGGCACAGCAAAAGCAAUUUGAUCUGAAUGGAAUGAUGUUUUUUUAGAGUCAUCAGUGAUGCAGAUUAGCAGUGUUGCAUUUAUAGAGCAAAGAGUUUUAAAUCUAUGAUUAUAUAUUUCAAAAAUAUAACGGCCAUUAUAGAUUUUAUUUAUGUACCAAGCAGUUUUUUUUUUAUUGUUGUUUUUUUUGUCUUCUGGCCAAGCAGAAGUAUAACUUUUCAAAUGCAUACUUGUAAAACAGGGUUGAACAAGGGUUAUAAGAUGCAAAGUAUUUGUACAUGUAAUUCCUCCUAUUUAAAUUUAAAAUCGUAUCAUUCUUGUAUUAGACGACGGUAGAUAAGAAAUGCAUCAGCUAGUUGUUGUUAGCGUGGUACAGCAGACGGGGUGAAGACGACAGGUUGUCAUCAAGGGAAUUUGAAUAGUGGUGGUUUUGAAUGAAGACCGUUAACGUUACACCCAAGAUUUCAGUUGACUUUUGGGUUUUGCUAAUAGUCAGUGGCAUGAAGGACUGUCCUUUUCUUGUGCUUUUUUUAAGCCCACUUCCUACUAAAACAUGCUGGAAAUAUUAAAGCCUGGGCCAAAUAGUAUUCAUUGAAACUCUUACUGGUUGGUUUAUUUUAGUUAAUGGCAGAUGAGGGAUUGGAUAAGAAGAUCUGCUCAGUCUGUAACUUUAUGGUAAUUUCUUCCACUUUCAAACAUGAAUUUGGUGUAUUUCCUGAGUGGACGCCUCAUCUUACAUUUUUUUUUCCAUGUCAAGAGAAAAGCAAAUCUGAAGAAUUACUAUUUGGACCAGGUUUAACCUUUUUUUGUCAUGCUUUGUCUCUUCUUUCCUUCACUGGCUCCCUGGCCUUUACUGUAGGAGGGGAUACUGUUAUUUCCUCUUGCACUUGAAAAAGAGAAAGUCAGAGGAGGUAUUAUUUUAAUCUAUGCAGGAUUUUUACUAAAAAGGAUCUGUUUCUGUGGAAAAAAAAAUUCAUUUUUAGGCUUGGGAUUUUUUUCCCCUCUUCUUUUUUCCGCCUCAGUGAGAAACCUGUUGAACUCAAGUGUCCAAUGCCUUUAGCUUUUGCAAUUUUGUGUAAUGGUUUAGUAUAUAUGUGUAUAUAGAUCUGUUUUUAUAACCAAACACAGAUGGCUUGAGCCAUUUUGUACUUAAAGCUGGAGGCCACUUUUCUCAUAGGAAUUCCUCUGUGGGUUUUGCCAGCCCAGUCAAUGUCUUCAUACACUGGUACACUUUGUAAGUACAGGUCUGCGCCUUGUGUUCCCUACACUAUCUUGUAGUCAAAUGUACAAAAUUUAGCAUUAGAAUAAUUUUUAACAGUUUGCUACUCACACUUAUUUAUUUUUCUGCCCCUUUGCUCAAUGUUUUUUUCUAUUUUGCCAUUUUAUGAAAUAGGAAGAUGUAAAUGUAUUGGGGUUGUUCAUGAUGAGAUUUCAUUGUAAGUAGUAAUUAAUAUUAAUUCUAACUUGAAAGAAUCCAGGGUAAGAUGACUUUUUUUGACAUUCAGUAGGAAGAUGUUAACACUUGCAUGUUUCUAUUUAAAUACAAAUGUAUAAAUUGUAAAUAUAACAUUUCUUUAAGGGUGAAUUUCUACUACAGGUUGACAUUUUUAUUAAAAUUUAAAAAUGCUGUAAAUACAUUUGUGAGAUACUUUAUGCACAUUUUUUUUUCUCUGUGGGCUUUUGUGUUCUUCUUCUUCCGAGCUGUUGCAGAUGACAUCCCAGUCUCUUAACACUGUAUAUCAAAUUGAUUUCUCAGUCCUUUUUCUUACCGUGCUCGUAUUCUUUGUCUUCUGCUUCACCGUCUCUCAGUAUCAUGGUCGCCACAUAAUCAUUAAUGUCUCUAGAUCCAAGUGCGAAUAUUUUGUCUUCUCUGUAUUUGAUAUGGAGGCGUGUACUUUUCAUGAAAUGUAUAUUGUUGAUCUCACGAGAUGGAUGGAUGGAUGGUGUGUACAGUCUGUUAUGUGGAACCACGUCUGUUUUCGUCCUCAUGAGAGAGAUGUAUUUACUAUUUGUCCCUUUUGAACAAUUGGUCCAACAUGUCUUUUGAAACAGAGGUAUUUCUCUACAGGUCAAAACAGUUGUAGCAGUUUAUACAGUAUGUUGUAUAACACCUUUUUCUAAAAGUCGUCUCUAAAGUGAGACCAGCAGCAUACACUAUGUACAAUAGACUAAAUUGGAUUAGUUUUAAGAGAACUGAUGAUAGAGAUACUAUAUAUGAUGGAUGCAAUAUGAUUAAAGGUACUCAUUGAGUUUGGUCUUCAAACUUAGGUUAUGUAAUUUAAAAGCAUUCUUGUGAAGUGAGUAUUAAUUGUGACUAAUGAGAGUCUGUCCUGAAUAUUCUUUGUAUUUUGCCGUAUUGAGAAUAAAAUAUAUAUGGAUAUGUUUAA